CUGGUCAGUCCUCAGCCUGAAGAACAAGUGCCAUUUUCUUAAAGCUUUCUUUGCUUUUUGCUUUGAGAUCAUAAGAAAACAAAUAUGAACUCCAGAACGAGAAUGGUAGAGAAACUCAUCAUGUUGUUGAUGGUCGUUGGAGGAACCUGGGCUCACGGACGCCUGAUGGAACCUCCCUCACGGGCUUCGGCGUGGAGACUGGGCUUCGAAACCCCGAUCGACUACAACGACAACGAGGGAUUCUGCGGCGGGUUCAGCCACCAAUAUUACGUGAACGACGGAAAAUGCGGUAUUUGUGGCGACGCUUGGGAACUCUCGCCUCGCCCUCACGAAGUUGGAGGAAAAUACGCCACCGGGACCAUCGUCAGGCAGUACCAGGAGGGGGAGGUCAUCGAGGUCACGGCUGACAUCACCAGCAACCAUCGCGGGCACUUCGAGGUCAGGAUUUGCCCCACGCCUGACCCCGAGGCCACGCAGAACUGUCUUGACCUGCACCAGCUGGAACUCGCCGACGGCUCUGGCUUCAAGUUCAACAUCUCAACCGACGUAGGACUUCACACCAUGCACGUCAAGCUACCGACUGGCCUCACUUGCGCGCACUGUGUCCUGCAGUGGCGUUACGUGACGGGAAACAACUGGGGUUUCUGCGACGACGGGACCGGCAUGCUCGGGUGUGGACCGCAGGAGGAAUUCCGCGCAUGCGCAGACGUCGCUGUUUCUUCGGCGAGCGCGAGGACGAGCAGGUCAUCCUUCAGAGGAUCUCGUCCCACGCCUUCCGAGGACCUGGCACUCGAGCGGAGGAUCCACCCCAAAUUCCGGCUGCUUCCAGGAGGUUCGAGUGCCAGCGGAAUCGAGUGCCACGGCGUCGGGGAGUGGGAGGGCGUGCCUGGGGUGGCGGUGUGGUGUGCCAAGAACUGCCUUGGCACGGAUUACUGCCCCCCUGCCCAGUGCCGGUGUCAGUGAUGCCCCGGAAAUGAGAUUUUUUUUGGAUAAUUCCUAUUCGCGUAUUUGGGUUUUGUGUGUGGUAAGGAAAUCCACACGUUAUCUCGUCUAUGUGUGUAUGUGCACAUUAAUGCUCUCUGUCUGUCUGUCUGUCUGUCUCUCUCUCUCUCUCUCUCUCUCUCUCUCUCUCUCUCUCUCUCUCUCUCUGUCUCUUUCUCUCUUAAACCACACCACAUUCUCUCUAUGAACACCUUUCAACAAUAGUAAAGAUCAGUUCUUAACACUUCCUUCUCAUUUAUUUUCUAAGAUUCACUGAUUUUGUAAAAUAUUUAUAUAUUUAUUUAGAUUUUAGAGAUUUUUUCCCGAUGAAACAAUUUAUCUUUUUA